UCGAAAUCGUAUUGGAAGAGCCGUGGGAGGUGGGGCAUCUGACAUCCAUUGGAACAGUGAUUGCGUGUAGGAGGGCUGCUGGCGAGCGCACACGAUGGGGCACCCAGUUAUUUUGACAACAUGUUCGCUGAACCAGUGGGCGCUCGAUUUCAACGGGAACCGCGACCGCAUCCUUGCCUCCAUAGUCGAGGCCAAGCGGCGAGGCUCAAAGCUGCGGCUCGGUCCCGAGCUCGAGAUCUGCGGCUACGGCUGCUUUGACCAUUUCCUAGAGCCAGACACGGUGCUCCACUCGUGGCAGGUGCUCGCGCAGAUCCUCUCCGAUGAGCGCGCAAAAGGGAUCCUGAUCGACACCGGCAUGCCGGUCCUGCACAAGGGCGCGCUGUACAACUGCCGAAUACUCUGCCUCGACGGUAAAAUCCUGCUCAUCCGCCCAAAGAUGUUUCUCGCCAAUGACGGCAACUACAGAGAGAUGCGAUAUUUCACGCCAUGGUCUGCAGAUAGGAGGGGCCAAACGGAGUCCUUCGUCCUUCCGGUUGACGAGGUGCGCAAUGUCACCGGUCAGGACAGGGUGCCGUUCGGCGACGCCGUCAUUCAGACGACAGACACGACCAUCGGCGUCGAGCUGUGUGAAGAGCUCUUUACCCCAGACAGCCCGCACAUUGCACUCGGGCUAGAUGGUGUGGAGAUUUUUCUUAAUGCAAGCGGCUCCCACCACGAGCUGCGAAAGCUGCACCAGCGCGUCAACCUCAUCCUCAAUGCGACGGCGAAAUCUGGCGGUGUAUAUCUCUAUGCCAACCAGCAAGGCUGCGACGGCGACCGCAUGUAUUACGACGGCUGUGCGCUGAUCAGCGUCAAUGGCAGCAUGGUCGCGCAAGGCACGCAAUUUUCCCUGGAGGACAUGGAGAUUGUCACUGCCACGGUGGACUUAGAGGAUGUGCGCAGCGCGAGGACGCAAAAGAGCCGCGGGUUUCAGGCCGCCCAAUGUGCGCGCUUGCCGCGGUUCGAGCGCAUAUACGCAAAAAUUCGGCUGGGCAUUGAGGAUCCCUUUGGCGUAUUACUGGAUGGCGGCAUGCCAGCAAGUUUGCCCAUCGGAAAACCUGUCGAGGGCCCGGAAUAUGCGGCAAAAGGGCCCCUGGCCAUCAACGGCGCAGUAACAGGUGACAGAAAUGAUGAACUUGACCGGAAUGUGGUUACCAAGCCGCGAGCGGUCUUUUACCACCGUCCAGAAGAGGAGAUUGCCCUUGGCCCGGCGUGCUGGUUAUGGGACUACCUUCGGAGGUCGCGAACGCAGGGCUUCUUCAUUCCCCUUUCGGGCGGCAUCGAUUCGUGUGCGACGUCCGUGAUUGUGUUCAGCAUGUGUCGGCUUGUCCACGAGGCGUGCACGCGACCAGAAUCGCGUGGCGGGCCAAACAAGCAGGUGCUUGAAGACGUGCGGCGGAUCUGCAGCGAAGUUCCCGAGUCGAACUGGGUCCCGGCUAGUCCGCAGGAUGUGUGCCAACGCCUGUUUGCAACGUGCUACAUGGGCACCAAGAAUAGCAGCAAGGACACGCGCGCCCGUGCCAAGGAGCUGGCGCACGCAAUUGGCUCUUACCACGUUGAUCUGAAUAUGGACAAUGUGGUUGAAGCGAUCCUGACGCUGUUUACGGCGGUCACUACCUUUACCCCGCGCUUCAAAGUGCAUGGUGGCACGGCGGGGGAAAACCUGGCGCUACAGAACAUUCAAGCGAGGCUGCGCAUGCUCCUGGCGUACAUGUUUGCGCAGCUCCUGCCAUGGGUGCGCGGCAAGUCGGGCGGGCUGCUCGUGCUCGGCAGCGCGAAUGUGGACGAGUCGCUGCGCGGUUAUCUUACCAAGUACGACUGCUCCUCCGCGGACCUCAAUCCGAUCGGUGCGAUCUCCAAGACGGACCUCAAAGCGUUUAUCGCGUUUGCAGAAAAGGACUUUAACCUGCCCGUGCUGCACAAGUUCAUCACUGCGACGCCGACAGCAGAGCUGGAGCCCAUCACGCAGAACUAUGUGCAGGCCGACGAGGCAGAUAUGGGAAUGACGUACGACGAGCUCUCUAUCUUUGGCCGGCUGCGAAAAGUCGGCAAGUGUGGGCCGUACAGCAUGUUCACCAAACUUGUGUACGAGUGGAAGGAGCUCCUCACGCCGCAGGAGAUUGCGGACAAGGUCAAGAUGUUCUUUUUCGAGUAUGCGAGGAACCGCCACAAGAUGACCACGCUAACGCCCAGCUACCACGCCGAGUCAUACAGCCCUGAUGACAACCGGUUCGACCUGCGGCCGUUUCUAUAUCCGAGCCGCUUUCCCUUUCAAUUCUCCUUGAUCGAUCAGCUCGUCAAGAGGCUGCCGACAGCAGCAUUCGCACAGAAGAAGGGACAAUUCGAAGGGCCGCCGCCAGACCCGUCGAAGCUCGCGACAUACUGAUCUUCGUUCCGGUUGAGUGUAGCGUAGCAGGGCUCAGUUGGCGCGCUGUAAAACGCCACGAAGCAGUUUGAGUGGCCGAGCGUCCCUUCCUCCAGCUGUCGUUUGCACGCGGUGUCACGAGCAGUGAGCAU